AUGUCAACCAACGCUGAACUCGCAACUACACAAUUGCCAGAUGGGUCCAAAGCGGAUAUGGUUUUUCUCGAGUCUUCCUUUUUUAGGACCCAUGGGCAGAAGCAACUGCCAACGCCGCAGGAAGUCAGAGCCAAGUCACCAGCCCCUAUACACCAUCCUCAACCCCCUCCUGUAAAAUUUGAGGAGCUCGGUCUCAUCGUCAAAUAUGGACCUUCCGUCUCCGUGGCGGAAGCUCAAUGUCUCUGGGUUAUUAAGCACUUGCUUUCUAUCAAAGUUCCUGUGCCAGAAGUUUAUGCGUGGCGAGUUGACGCAGGCCAUGGUUUUAUCUACAUGGAACUUAUCUAUGGGGAGCCAUUACGGGACCGGUGGGAUUCUCUAGUUACCGCAGAGAGAACAGCUAUAUGUAUCCAUCUACGUGAAAUAGUAAAUUCAUUGCGUGAAGUACGACAAGACCCUUCUGAACACUUCGUCGGUAAGCCAAUACUGAAUUUCAGAACUCGACUUGCCCCGAUUAACUGGCCGGUAGGAUCAAUUAAUCAAGGGCCUCUACUAGAUAUAAUAUUCGAGUAUCAACCGCCGGCCGGACCAUUCGCAACGAUCAAGCACUUCAAUGACUGGUUUUCUCAACUUCCUCAAAACCGGCUACUAGACACCCAGAAGUAUGAGUGCCCUUAUAGACCUUUCCUGCCGGAUAAUGGAGCAAUUACCUUUACACAUGGCGAUCUUCAUCGAGGAAAUAUCAUGGUUUCCUCAACAAAUCCACCUCAGAUUGUAGCAAUUGUUGAUUGGGGUCAGGCAGGGUGGUAUCCAGACUAUUGGGAGUAUUGCAAGGCUCUUUAUACAUCCCACUAUGCUGGCACCUGGCGGCAACAGUGGAUCCCGAUGUUCUUGGAUUGUCGGACAGAGGAGCACGAGGUUUUCGCAGAAUAUUUCGUUUCGAUCGGGGCAAUAUAG